GAGGUGGAGGUUCAAGCAAAUUAUACGGAAAUAGAGGUCCUGGGGAAACCAAUUCCGUGUUUGCUUUGGUACGUCAGGAGGCUCUAGACAGAAUAUCCAGGAUAUGUACAAUAGUACCCUAGUUCCUGAGGAACGUGACCACCUUGGCAGUCUGGAAAUUUAUUGAUCUCCCUGUCACAAGCCAAGGCCGAACACUGCUAGCGCUGCGGUGAGGAGUGUCCGUGUGGUGCACAGCCUAACCAAUUCUAUCCCACAGCUCGCUGCGACGUUUACUUGCCACCUACGGAAAAAAUGAAUUCACUUUCGGCGUAGGGGACGCCGGCCACUCGUAUUUUCUUCGAAUGUAAGUUACCCUGCAAUCGACAUGUCCUCCCCAGUCAUUCCCUCGACCGCUGGCAUCAGCUCCCAAACUCAGGCCCACGUUUCCUCAACAACAACCCUCUCUUCGGGAGCGAUCGCGGGUAUCGUGAUAGGGUCAUCCUUCGCGUUCGCCAUCCUCGUAUGUUUCGCCAUCUUCCUCGUGCGGCGGCGGCAACUACGCCGUGCUGGCUUCGAGAGAGUGGACAACCCUCGUCAGCUCCAUGGAUUACGUGCAUAUUCCGGAGACCUUGGUCACACCGGUGUUUGUAGAGCCAUUGGGGAUGCUGAGCGGUUUGGGAAGCACGGGCAACAGUCUUUUGGGUCGAUAGAGCCGCUGCUGAGUCGUGGCACUGGUCAGCGCCAACAGCCCUACCCUUCGCCGCGAGCUCAGUCAUUUAGCUCCACUUUUCGGCCGGUAGGCGAGCAUUUGGAUCCUGCGCUGUUCGGCGACGAGCGGGAUGUAUUUGAUCCGUAUGCAGAGAUCGACGGGCCUGUUAUACGCGCUGAGGUGGCUGGUCGUAGUAAUAUCGUUGUUCCCAGCGCUCCUCCUACGGUCCAUUGGGAACCAUUUCGUAGGAGCUAUUCUUCGCACUCCAGGCCGGCAAGCGGUGAUCAAACGGAUCAUGGAAUGGAAAUAGUGGAUAGGACAGCUGCCGAUACCAUGUCUCACAAACCACUCUUUAUCAACCGGACACUCAGAACCCACUCAGAUGUACCGUUGUCGUCUACUCGGGCUUUCGAUCACGCGAUGCAGACGAGGUCGGCUGUUAAUGCGGACUCUUCUGUUCCCGGAAAUCAUCCAGCACGCUCCUCAAUUCAAAAUACCCAAAGUAGUCGUGGAUCUGGCUCAGAAAGAAAGGAAUCCAGCGUACCCGUAGAGCUAAUAAAUACCCAGUCACCUACGCGCCUCGAAACGCCUCCGAAAGAGGCUAUUUCCACGGAAGCAACGGCGCGGUCUCCCAGCAACCGAUAUCCACCUCGCAAGCGCACCGCGUCCCCAGCUGUUCUUCCGCCAGUUGCAGAGACACCUGAUCUGUCGCAAAUACUUGACCUGGUGGAUUCUAGACCGCUUACAGAUUCUGAAUCACGUCGUGACAGUCUCCGCGAGCGUAGCUCCUCGACAUUCGUUAAUCUGUCUCACGAUACGACCUCCCGCCCGUCCUCUGUAGCAAUCGACGAAAACCAGCCCAUACCCCUGCUCGCAUCCACGUCAUUUGGGAAAGGAACCCCGACGUCCUCACUUUCAUCUAAUGUUGGCUGGAAUACCAAUUCGAGCUCGUCGCGGUACCCCUCCAUCGCAUUUUCGAGUGUCGGGCAGUGUUCAGGAUCUAUCCCACACUCCGGUGGAUAUACUGAUUGGCACCAUCCUCCUACUGGUCUGGCCGGUCUCAAAGACCUUCAGAUGGAACCGCUACGUAAUCCGCACUCUCCCGUGGAGGGCUCUGCGCCGCCGCUCCCGGCACCGUCCGUUGCUACGUCAGCUCCUGGUGCGCCGGAUACAUUGGAAAGGGGUGACACAGAUAAGCGUGCACAUCUCCGCCAGGGUACAUCAAGCUCGGUUCCCGAGAUACGAAGACGCUCCGUAUCACAGGGUGGUAUUGUGCACAUUGAUGUUGCGUUAUGAAGAUACCAACCAUGGAAGGACUCAUCCGUGAGUUAUGCUGUAUUUAGAAUCUUUCCUCACUCCCAUGGACUCAU